GUGCGCUCCUCCAUACAACGCUACACUAUUCUUGAAUCAUCAUCAUCAUCAUCAUCAUCAUCAUGCUGGGAAUAGAGGAGAUACUGUGUGAGCUUGGUGGUGGCUGCGGCGGCGCUGGAGGAAGGGAGUCCGAGCAACAAGGUGGUUUGCCACCAGGGUUUAGGUUUCAUCCCACUGAUGAAGAGCUUAUUACAUUCUAUCUCGCUUCUAAAGUCUUCAAUUCAAGUUUUUGUGGUGUUGACAUUGCUGAAGUUGACCUUAAUCGCUGUGAACCAUGGGAACUGCCAGAAGUGGCAAAAAUGGGGGAAAGAGAGUGGUACUUCUAUAGCUUGAGGGACAGAAAGUACCCGACCGGCUUGAGGACGAACCGGGCCACUGGUGCGGGUUACUGGAAGGCAACUGGCAAGGACCGGGAGGUUUACAGCAGCGGGUCGGGUCGGACUCUGUUGGGUAUGAAAAAGACACUGGUUUUCUAUAAGGGUCGGGCCCCACAUGGGGAAAAAACCAAAUGGGUCAUGCACGAGUACCGCCUUGAUGGUGACUUUUCGUAUCGCCACACGUGUAAGGAUGAAUGGGUGAUUUGCAGAAUAUUUCACAAAUUAGGGGAAAAGAAAGCAAAUGGAGGACAAAACUGCCUUCACUUUAAACACCAACGAUCCACACCAGAACCAUCACCCUCAACUCCCACCGUUACUGAAAUUACCAAAAAUCCCUUCCAUGAAGGUACUACACCCUUAAUAUUGCACCACACUAACCCGCCAUCCCUCCAAAACCCGUUUCUAUUUGGUGACAAUCAUCAAGAAAUCCAUGGCCAAGACCUAAAAUCACUACUAAACCUACCCUCAUUUCCAAACCUCCAAAACACCCCCCACCCUACCCUAGUUAAGCCCCUUACCCUCCCAAAUCAACCCACUACCCCUCUUGCUAAACAAUGCAAAACAGAGGCUCAUUUUAGCAUUGCACAACUCACGGAUGCUAAUGUGCACCGGUGGGGGAUGGAUUUCAUCCCCCCUCCGCCACUCUUUCCGUUUGAGCAACCGGAUCUUGGCCCAGAAAUGGACUACUACUUCACGGGCGGUGGUAGUGGUAGUGGCAGUGUCAGUAGCGGUGAUACAAGAUUUGUAGUUGAGGGUACAAGUGAUCGUAACAGUGAGAUGGUCUCGUUUGACAGGGUCGGGUUUAAUCAGUUGUUGCUACCGAGUAUUUGAUAUGAAUUGUUUUAAACAUGAACAUAUAAAAAUCUAUAUGUAGGAUUAUGACUAGUACUUUAUGCCC